AUGUUCGCCACAACGAACCGCGCAUCAAGCUCGCCGAGUCCUGAGCGACGAAGACAUCACCCAGAGGUGCAGGAUUGGGUGUCAGAUAUUGAUGCUUCGGAUGCGCUGAUAACAGCACGCAUCCAGCCUCACAGCACCACCAUUCGGACAAAUCCCGGCCGUGUAUCUCCAGCAAGUAGAGCUUCGCUGAGGACCACUGGCGUCGGCUUUGAGGAUGAAGGUCGAACUGACAGCAAUCUGUCUGAGUCGAACAGGAGUACAUUCAGUUUCAUACAGAGAGCAUCAAUCCAAGCACAUGGCCAGAGCGCAGGUGCCGCCGCAAACCGAGAAGGCGAUGGCCGUUUGGGCAGUAGUUCAGGGCAGAGCAGCAACAGCGGGAACACAUACACCACCGCCAAGUCUAUCCCAACAUUACAGGCGGAAGGGCCGAGCCUUCUGCUAGGCAGACCUUACAACAUCGACCCAGAUACCAUUGUUGCCGGUGAUCUUUCUGAUGAAGACCGGCCUGGAUCGCCUAGCAAGGCCAAGCCGCGUCGCAACUGGCUUGGUAGCUUCCGUCGUGUUUUCAGCAGCAGUAACAGCACCUCGCCCGCAUCCAGCCGGACUGAGAGCCCUACACGCAGUGGGCAGAGCGAUGAUUACGAGUCCCCACUAGGUAAUGCUGGAACACUGCAGCGUCGGAAACAAGGCCGCGAAGCAUGGGAAACCGAAAAGGGUCUCGAAGCAGGCGAGCCAUCCGAUGAUUGGGACGUCGAGCGUGCCGUGGAGCAGAGGCUGGUGCAGGUCAUGUUCACGGUGCCAAAGGAGCGGCUGCGCGUCGUAAACGCCGAGAUCGAGCGUGAUGAGGAGCAGGGCAUGCUUGUGGAUCCGGAGAAGGAGGCCAGCGAAAGAGCCCGCACUAGUAUCUAUGAUAGAUAUACUAUCGACUUCGAAAAGGAGGCGGAGAGGUUUGCUGCCGAGGAGGCUGCCAGAACCGAGUUACAAGACAAGGGCAAGACUCCGGAGAGAAGGAGCGAAGAUCUGCUCGGGUCGCAGGAUGAUUCUGAGUCUAAGAGCCCAGCCAUCAUGACGGCCGAAGCAGUGAAAAUGGAGAAGAGGAGGACGAAGGUGCUCGAAAUGGUUGAUGAUAUUGAGAGACAUAGUCGGAGCAGCAGUCCGAGAGUACCAUGA